AUGGGGGCCCUAUUCUUACCAAUAAUUGCUGCCAUACUUCUAAUCUUUGGAGAAGGUUCUGGUAGGGAUUCUAGUGGCACUAACCCAGAUCAAGUUCUCUUUCAUGGAAUCAUUCCUGUUUUAGUUGCUUCUGUGCUCUCUGGUUUGGCUUCUUCUCUCUGUCAGUGGGCUUCUCAGGUUAGACUCCUUUACAUUCCUCCAUUUUCUCCAUUUUCUUCUAUCCUUUAUAUAUUGUUUCCUUUUGGUGCAAGUGAAGAAACACAACUCAUGCUUUAUGACUGUGGAAAUGUCUAUAGUUGGAAGCCUGUGAAGAAACACAGGUCAUGCUUCAUGACUGUGGAAAUGUCUAUAGUUGGAACCUGUGCUUAUUGGCAAUUUUUCUUGCUUGUUGUUUUUGUACUUUACAGUGUUAUACUGUUCCCAAUAGCAUUCACUUUCUACAUCACCUUUUGGUUUAUACAAUUCGUGGAUGGGUUUUUCUCUCCGAUCUACGCUCAGCUUGGAAUCAACAUCUUUGGACUUGGUUUCUUAACCUCCAUAACGUUCAUCUUCUUGGUCGGGGUGUUCAUGUCAUCAUGGUUGGGGGCAUCAGUUCUUGGCCUAGGCGAAUGGUUUAUCAAGCGUAUGCCAUUUGUUCGUCAUAUUUAUAAUGCUUCCAAGCAAAUCAGUGCGGCCAUAUCUCCUGAUCAGAACACUCAAGCCUUCAAGGAAGUUGCUAUUAUUAGACAUCCACGUAUUGGUGAAUAUGCAUUCGGAUUUAUCACUUCAGCUGUCGUUCUUCAGAGUGAUUCUGGGGAAGAGGAGCUCUGCUGUGUCUAUGUACCCACCAACCACCUUUACAUCGGUGAUAUGGAUAUAUUUCUAAUCAACUCCAGAGAUGUAAUUAGACCAAACUUAUCAGUUCGUGAAGGAAUUGGUGAGUCUCGUUUUUGUAGUAUUAUUGUUAGAGAUAUCAUACAAACCGAUUUGAGUAUGUCUACAGUUCGUCUGGAUUUCAAAUUGAACAAGUGGGGCUUCCCAUGGUUCCAAAUCAUUGGUAUGAUUGGCACCACCUUGGAUGUACUGUGUACCAGCAGCCAAAAAUUACCAUGUUGGAAGAUCCUAGGCAUUGAAUUUUUGUCCUUCUGAUGAGUGUAGAUCAUU